AUGGUGAUAAAGGGGAACUUUAGUUUUCCUGUUUUUCUUCGAGCCUCCAUUUUCAAUUUCAUUGAAUGUUUUCUUUUUUUUUCCUUUCCAAUUCAUACUCAAAGAACAAUGACUGACCAAAGGACAAGUCAGGGGAUACUUGAGAAGAUAAAGGCGCUUAAGUCAGCCAGAGUUGAAGCUAUACAAGCAAACAAACGGGCCGUAUACGACGAAGCCAGUGGGGGAAAGAAGAAAAACCGUGAGAAACAAAAAGUUAAAGAUGCUUUUAAUGACGAAGCCGAGCAGAUAAGCGAGCAUGAUAUUGAGGGCAAGGAGAGAACUAAAAGACCCAAGAAGACACAUGGGAAAUGCAAAGGCGAAAGCCAACUGGCUCUACAGAAUUAUAAGAAGCUAGCUGAAAGGACGUAUGCCAAAAAUGUCAAAGAAAUGGACGAUCAUGGGUUGAAGAAAACAAGGACAGAAUAUUUAGAGGAAAAAGAACUAGUGAAAAAAUUAAAGGCUGAAGGUCUUGGGGAGGAAGAGAUACGCAGUAAACUGACAUCCAGGACAAAACUUGACAAAUAUGUCCAAAAGGUUACUUCCUGGGAAAAGAAGGUAUAUGAACAUCGUCACAAGAGCAACGCCAUCGAAGGUGCUGAUGGCGCAAUUCAUGAGAAAAAUCUACAUUUCAAUAAUAAGUUGAAGAGACAUUACAAUAGCAUAGAUCAAUAA